AUGUCAGAGUUCGACGAGCUCUCGGAAAUAAACGGCGUAAAACCCCUCCUUCACCUCACCGAUGGUGAAACUCACACCGUCGACUCUCAAACUUCUUCCUCGAAUUACACCAUAAAACGCACAUAUGACCACUUCUACUGCACCUGUCCCGGGUGGCGUAUCAAUGGUGGCCCUGUCAAUGCGCGGACGUGUAAACAUCUGAAGGCAGCUUUGGGGGAGAAGUUUGAGUGGGAAAGGGUUGAGGCUAAGAAUCCCGGGGUGCAAAAGCCCUUGGUUGCUAAAGGCGGGGAUAAGAAGAGUAAAACGAAGGAGGUGAAGAAAGCGGAGAAGGGGAAAGGAAAGGUUAAGAAGGAAGAAAAAGACGACGAAGAGACUGCGUCUUCAUCUUCGUCUUCGUCGUCUUCUUCUUCAUCGUCAUCCGGUAGUGAUGAUGGCGAAGAGGAAGACAUUGAAAUGACGUUCUCAGAUCUGGACGAAAUGGGCACUGAACAAUUGGCAAUCGAAAAGGAUAUGAUGGAACGAAGAAUGGAAAGAAUAAAUGCCUUAUUGAGGGCCGCAAAGGCAAAGGGCAAAAAAAGAGCAAGCAGAAAAGAAGUCCGCACCGCAAGAGCCCUACAAGUAGCAAAAGAUGCAAAAGUCGCAAAGAUUAAAGCAAAGAUUAAGGCAAAAAGGACAAUAACUGGGCAGGUACCGAGAAAUAAACCCUGGGAUGACGAAGAAGAAGAGGAGGAACCAGAAGCGGAAGAAGACGAAGACGAAGACGAUAACGGCGCCGAACCCCCACAGCCUCCAAACUCUAAAAUACGACCUCAACUCCUCCUCGCCGAGAAAUGGGACCUAGAAAAAGGAAUUGACCCAACAGGUUGGUGGAUGUCCGAAAAGCUCGACGGCGUGCGUGCAUACUGGAACGGGACAACCUUCCUAUCCCGUGAAGGUAACAAAUUCUACGCGCCGGACUGGUUCAUCAAGAAAUUCCCGAAGGAUAUAACCCUCGAUGGAGAACUCACCUGCGGGCGUGGGAAAUUUAUCGAUACCGUUAGUAUCGUAAAAACCAUUAACGCAGGCGACAGAUGGAAGUUUAGCGUUGAGUAUCAUGUUUUUGAUAUUCCUAGUAUGGGGAAUAAGAAGUUUGAACAAAGACAAGAGCAUUUGAAGAAAUUAUUGGCCGAGAGGAGGAUAAAAUGGGUGAAAUAUGUGGAACAGACGGAAGUGGAGGAUAAAGAACAUGUUCUGGAGGAACUUGAGAAGGUUACAGAGCAAGGAGGGGAGGGGCUGAUGCUAAGAGAGCCAGAAAGCGUAUACGUCCAGAAACGGUCGAAGACUUGUUUGAAGGUUAAGACGUUCCACGAUGCAGAGGCAAAGGUUAUUGGACAUGAAGAAGGGAAGGGAAGAAAUGAAGGACGUUGCGGAGCAUUGAAAUGCGAAAUGAUGGAUGGUACCGGCAAGAAGUUUAAAGUUGGCACCGGGUUGGACGAUAACAUGAGGAAGAACCCGCCAAAGAUUGGAUCAGUUAUUACUUAUCGUUAUUUCGAAUUGACGAAGGAUGGGGUUCCGAGAUUUCCUAGCUUUUUAAGGGUCUUUAAAGGACAUUGA